AUGUAUAAUGCAUUCCAUACACAAGGUAUUCGUGGAGAACCAUUCACACCUCUAGUUGGUCAACUUCCUGAAAUGAUAAAACAACGCAACAAUGAUGCAUUGAUGAUUUAUCUAGAAGAAUUAGUGAAAAAGCAUGGAUAUGUGUUUCUGUUUGGUUUCGGUCCUUUUACACGUCUUAUGCUGAAUGAACCUGAUUUACUUGCUGAUGUAUUUAGCAGAAAUAAUGCAGCUAACUACAUGAAACCUCGAGAUAUUCGUGCAGUGUUGGCAUCAUUACUUGGUUCUCAUAAUUUAUUGGUAGCUGAUGGUAGUGAACAUGAACGAGCUCGUCGAAUGAUUAAUCCAGCAUUUUAUCAUGUUAACCUUAAGUCUAUGGUUUCAAUUAUUACUGAUCGUACUGCCAAAGCUAUUGAAUCAAUCAUAUCGAAUGAACAAAAAUCGAAAUCUACUGAUUUACAAGUUUUAUUCAAUGCAUUGACAUUAUCUAUUAUUGCAUCAAGUGCAUUUGGUACAGAUUUUGAAACAAAUACUCAUGCAAAAGAUGUAAUCUCUCGAACAUUUGCUCAGUUACUUGAUAUCACGGAAUAUCGAUCGAUGUAUAUGAUAAAUCAAAUAUCUUUUCUUUCACGAUUACCUUUUUGGGGUAAAAAGAUUCUCGAUGAAGGAAACCGCAAGGUCGCCGAAUUCGUUGAUCAAAUCAUUACUGAUCGUCGACAAGGACAAUCAUCGAGUUUGUCAAAUGGUCCUGAUCUUCUUGAUUUAUUACUUUCAGCUGUUGAUGAUGAAGGAAAAUCAUUCAAUGAUCAAGAAAUUAAAGAACAAUCUCUUGCUUUUGUAUUUGCUGGUAGUGAGACAACUGGAAAUCUAAUGGUAUGGAUGUUAUAUGUUUUAAUGACAAAUGAAAAUGUUUUACAAGCAUGUCGUGAAGAAGUUGAUCGAGUUUUACCAAAUGGUAUAGAACUUACGAAUGAACAUUUACAAGAUUUACUAGUAUGUGAAGCAGUCAUCAAUGAAACACUUCGUCUUUAUCCACC